AUGUCUGUAGUGACUCAUGACAAAGAACAUAUUCAAACUAUUUACGUCAGGAGGAAGUUGAAUGAGUUCGGUCAGAAGAUGUGGUCUGCACAUGUUCCUACUCGAGGUGGUAUUGACUUCUCCUUCUUACAAGUUGAACACACGACUCCUUUUGUCCUGAAGCUGGAGACUUACCUGAGAAUGGCUGAGGUUCCGUACCAGGUUGACUUUGAGGAACCUCUGGGGCCGAAGGGAAAGAGUCCCUGGAUCUCCUUAAAUGGGGAGGAGAUCGGAGACUCGCAGCUGAUCAUGGAGAUGCUCGGCCCAAAGUAUGGCAAGGACUUCAGCUCCCACCUAAGCACUGAACAGCUGGCCAUUGCCCGAGCCAUGAGAAUCAUGAUUGAGGACCACUUCUUGUGGUGUCUGGCAGUGUGGCGCUUUGAUGUAGAUGCAGGCAAGGCAUUUCUCAACAGCAUAGAGGCCCCGUACAUCCUACGCUUUGUGAUAGCCUUAUUCAGGAGGAGGAUUGUGGGUGCAUCCAGGGUGCAGGGCCUGGGGCGGCACAGCCACGAAGAGGUGAUGGAAAUGGGGAGGAAGGAUCUCAAGGCUUUGUCUCUGUGCCUGGGAGAGAAACCCUUUUUAAUGGGUGAUAAACCUACUGAGGUGGACUGUGCCUUGUUUGGAUUUCUGGCACAGGUUGUGUGGAACUCUGCUGGCUCUCCCUACUUGCAGAUGCUUGAAACUGAGUGCAUAAACCUCCAAGCUUAUUGCCAUCGCAUCAAGGAGAGAUUCUGGCCAGAUUGGGGACAGUGCCUCAAUCCACCCCAGUCCCAGAUCAUCCAGUAGACAGUCUUGCCCACAGGCACUUGACAUUCCAUCAGUUACAGUAGAGAAAGAUUACAUUGACAAUGUAGGAAAAGGUAUUAAUGAGGAUUUAAGAUCACAAUAGAUGUAAUUUUCAUAUUACAAUCAAGUUUAAAUUGAAUUAGGGAAUUAUUCAUUCUUUGUGAAUUAACUUUUUUCUACACAUGUCAGUAAACACUGUUUUAAUGAGUACAGUCAUUGGAUAUUCAGACUAAACACGUCCAAUGCUUUUAAUCAGAAAUUAGUGUGUGACAUUGUUUGGCAACCAAAUGAAGACAUUCAUGGGUAACAACAUGGGUAAUCAUAUCAAUAUCAUUCAAGCCCCAAACUGCAUUAAUUUCCGUAUAUAUUCAUUGCUUUAAAAUCUAGAGUCGUAGCCAGGCACAAGGUUUAUUUGGUUACCAACAAUGGUACCAGACUAAUUCUGAUGAUGAGCUUUGGGCUGCAUACUGUGCAGCAAUUGUUUUUGUUCUUGUUGAAGUUUAGAAUUAUCAUUAACUGUGCCUUAGAAAGUUGUAUUUUGUAGAAAACUGAAAAAUAGACGGAAAAGGAAGUUGUAUUUCAUAUAAGGAUACGUAGACGUUCUGUGAAUCAACAUUUUUAAAGUUACAAAGCUUUUUUAGGGUCAUUCAUUUAUAGAGAAAGAUUUACAAUAUUUGACAUCACACCAAGAGGAAUAUAAAAGCAGUAUGAGAUAUUAUGUGAUGCUACUCACACGGAGUUGGAUGCAGGUAAUAGGAAAGGAAAUGUCAUUGGAUACAUAUCUUGUAAUUUCAUCAAAGUAUUCUUAGAUUAUCUAUGGAGAAAGAUGCACUGAUGAUUCAGUCUUCUUUUCUUCAUAAAAGACAUACAUGCUCAUUUACUUGCUUAUACCAACAGCUUACAAGAAGUACUAUGUAUAUACUCCGUACGAAGUCAAUGUGUAUGAGAUAAUUUACUAGGCAAGUUUUCAGCCAUAGUUAGACACACAAGCAGGUAUGUGUAUAAGAAAACAAGAGACAGGUAUUUUAGGGCUAUUAUCUACAUGCUUUCUGACAACUAGAACCAUUCAUAGACCAAGACAGACAAAAAGGAAGAGGAUAAUCAUCCUGUAAUUGCCAGCUAUGUUGACUAUUGUGUUGCAUGCUCUUCAAACUGUUAUUUAAUUUAAUAUGAAGAUGACUGUCUAGUAUUUA